AUGGUGUCAAAAGCAUCGCUUCUAGCUGCUGCAAUUUCAGCUAUUACUGAUGAGCAAGUACUUCUAUAUGAUGAUUAUCUCAACAAAAAAUCUGAUUCGAAUUAUAAGUUUAAAGGGCAACUUAAUAUAGACUCGUUACAUCAGUCACACCUUGUCGGUGGGCAGGUUUAUACAUUUAUUGACGAUGAUACGAUAACUCCUAUAAAUUUAGGAGUGAACCUUAAUCAAGGACGACCUCAGCUUAUAUAUGUGAAAACUCUAACCGGGAAAGUGUUGUAUAUUUAUCCUAAAUUGACGGAUUUAGUUGGACAAGUUAAAAAAUCAAUUCAAUAUAUAGAAGGAAUUCCUCCGGAUCAACAACGUCUCAUUUUUAACGGACUACAACUUGAAGAUAGUCGUUCACUUGUUGAUUACAAUAUUAAAGCGGAGUCUACAUUGUUUUUGGCUCUUGUCCUUCGCGGUGGUAGCUCUCAAGUUCUUUCUUACACUUUCCUUAAUACAGAUCAACUUGACCCACGUUUUGAUUUCGAUUUCACGAAUGUCUUCGAUACUGCAAAUGAUGUAUUUAUGCGUGGAAAUUUCCAAUAUAAACGACCUUGUGGCUGGAAAAGGUUGGCACUUAAAGUAUUAAAUAAAUAUGGGACUGAUAAUGCCUGGCUUGGCACCACUUCUAGACAUUUUCGUCGCACAUCUUGCACCAAUGAAUGGCCGGUCUCCUAUCAUGGAACCGCAAAAGACAAUUGUCACUCAAUUGCCGAAGAUGGAUACGAGCUAAGCAAAGGGAAACGAUUCGCGUUCGGCCGUGGUAUAUACUCUUCGCCUGAUCUCAAAGUCGCUGCAAAAUAUGCCAAAAAAUUUACUUAUGAUGGUCAAGAAUAUCGCGUGGUUAUCCAAAAUCGUGUUAAUCCUGAUACGUUGGUUAGAAUCCCGGCAGAACAAACAGGAGGACAUGGCGAAUAUUGGAUUUCUCCGAAUGGCUCUGAUAUUCGUCCGUACGGUAUUUGUAUUAAAAAAAUUUCGAGAUCUUGA